GCACACACACAUACUCACACGCGAGUGCUUUUUGCGUUGCGCUUGCACCCAAUUGCAGGACUUUGAGUACAUUCCGGAGAAGAGGCCUCGUUUCUUUUUGGGAAGGACAAAUGGCCAAUUCCGGGAUUCAACUUUUGGGAUUCUUCAUGUCGCUGACUGGCAUCGUGGGCCUGAUCAUCGGGACCAUUCUGCCCCAGUGGAAGAUGUCCGCCUACAUCGGGGACAACAUCAUCACGGCCGUGGCCAUGUACCAGGGAUUGUGGAUGUCGUGCGCCUUCCAGAGUACGGGACAGCUCCAGUGCAAGAUCUACGAUUCCAUCCUGCAGCUUGACAGUUCCCUUCAGGCCACCCGGGCGCUGAUGAUCGUGGGCAUCAUCGUGUCCGUGGCGGGCCUGGGCGUGGCCUGCGUGGGCAUGAAGUGCACCACCUGCGGAGGGAGCGACAAGCUCCGCAAGGCCCGCGUGGCCAUGACGGGCGGCAUCAUCCUGUUAGUGGGAGGGCUGUGUGCCAUCGUGGCUUGCUCCUGGUUCGCUCACAACGUCAUCCGGGCCUUCUACAACCCCUACACUCCUGUCAACACCAAGUUUGAGUUCGGCGCCGCCAUCUUCAUCGCGUGGGGCGGUUCCCUCCUGGUCGUCCUGGGCGGGGCCACGUUGGCCGCCUCUUGUCCGCGAAAGAAGCACGUGUCCAAGUACCCGUCGGUGGCGAGUUCCCGCUCCGGGCCUGCGAGCAGCAAUAAGGAAUACGUCUGAAUGUCUGUCACUUGUUGUCCUUCUACAAAGAUAUCCCAGUGAACCACAAAAAGUGGGGCUUUCUGUUGUUUGUGCAUUGAAUGACUGCUCGAGUUGGACGCAGCAUUGUGCUAUUCGCAAUGACUGUACAUUGGAAGAAACAGGUGGGCCUACAGGCAGCUUCAACGUCGGCUACGGUUUCGGAAGACUCGCGCAUGCUUGCUUCGUAGUCACGCAGAUGCCUUUGAUCAACACUAUUUAUUGGGCCAAUUGUAGGAUGACUUUUAGAUUCCGGACUUGUAGAUUGAGCUCUGAUUUCG